GCGCGACAAGCCGCAAAAGCCUCACGGCGGUACGACUCGCAUGCGACCCGCCAGGCGCUCGAAAACACCUUUCGCGACAGAAUGGGAGGGAAGGCGCCACGUGAGUGGCAGGUGGAUGUUGCUGAGGCCCUGAUGGUGGGGUUGGAUUGCACUGUAAUAGCGGGAACAGGGAGUGGCAAGACCAUGCCAUUUGUGAUGCCCGCCUUGGUGGAGGCGGAGAAAAUGUAUUUCAUUAUUUCU